AUGGAUUCGUCAAAAAAUUCAUGUUCUGUGAUACAGUAUUUCAAAGGACCUGAAAUUCAAACUGUAAAUUCGAAAGAAACAAAUUUAAAUAACAUAAUAGAACCUUCAAAAUUUGAAGAGAAAAAUACAGUUUCGACUCAUGGUCUGAUAGAUAACUUAGACAAAUCUUAUCCAAACCAAAGUUUUAGUGAUAAUAAAAAGAAAGGAGAGGAGGUUAUCGAAUAUGAGGAGAGUGUAGCUAUAUGUAAAAAAAUUAAUGAUAAUUCCUUUAGUAAAAAUAUUAGUAGUAGUAGUAGUAAAUGUGAACAAGAGUCUGAUAAAAAUAUAAAAAUUUGUGGCGAGGAAACAAAGUUACAAGUGAAUGAAAUGUGCGUCGAUAUAAAAGAAGAAGAAGAAGAAGAAGAAUUGGAGACUGAAAUAACUACCCUUAAACCUGAUAACGCUUUGGAUGAUUUCAAAACAAAUGAUGAAAAUAGUAAAAAAGUCGAUAAUAAAAACAUCACAAAUGUAAAUUUAAAUUUGGAUAGUAAUAUUGAAAUUAGACAAUUAACAAGAGGUAGAAAAAGAAAAUUGUCAAUUGAAAACACAUUAAAUCCUCCACAAGAUUCCGAUGGUAACGAAGAAUCCAAUGAGAGUGAUUUGGACUGCAAUGAUGAUAAACCACGGAGGAGAGGGAGGAGAAAGGGGAAAAAAACGCCGGAAGUUAUACCAUCUCAUCUCUCAUCCGAUAUGGUUUUAGGAUAUAAAAUGCUCGUUAGAUUUUUAGACACUCCACAAUUUUCUGGAUUUCACAAACCUAAUAAAAAAAAUUCAAACGUUGUCAGCGGCGGCGGCGGCGACGGCGACGACGACGACGACGACACGAAAAUAACUUGUUUUAAUCAAAUUAAGAAAAAAUUUGAAGAAAACACUUAUAAGAAAAUAAGUGAAUUUGUUAAUGACGUACGAGACAUGCUCAUAAACGUUUACGAAUCUAGAAAUCCGGUUGCCAUAAAGAGAGCAUUAAGGUUAGAACAAAUAUUAGAGCAAAGGAUAGCGCAAUUGCCAAAUUAUCUUCGACCUCAGUGCGCUUUGAUUUUACCACCCGAAGAAGUUAACAAUAGUCAUAAUAAAAUCAGGAUUAGUAAAGGAGGUGGAUUCGUGUCGUUACUAUUGGAAAAAACCGAGAAACGGAGAUAUGAAAAAAAUAAGGAAAAGAGAAAAUUAUUAGCGGAAGAGCGGAAACAGUUGAAAGAAGAGCAAAACAAAGACGUUCAAGAAUGGGAAAAAAAUGUUUUGUUGAAAGAUUUCGAAGAAGAUAUAAAGAGCAUGUGGGAGCUUCCCGCCAUCGGACAUUUUAUUCAUCUCUGUGCCGACAUAUUAAACAUCGGAGAAGUUGCUCAAUUUGAAAUCGAAAGAAUGCUUUUGAUGCCACAAUGUUCCGACACGUUAGAUCUUAUAAUGACGGCUCUGCUAACCAAUUCGCUCAUGAGAGCGAAAUUAGAUCGAACACCGUCGAUGCCCUACAGUAUAUGGGGACCGUUGGUUAGAACACGUGUUUUGUCUUGGUAUCGCACGUGGCACAAAGAAGGGAAAAAUGAACAAAAGUUAUUUGAAGAAAUCGGAAUCGAACCUGAAUUUUGGAAAAUUUUGGGUCCCGAUAUAAAUCCAUUGGAUUAUUAUUAUUUCCACGAAAUCAGUUUGCUUCAAAGGGUUUGGGUAUUGAAAACUUUGUGCGACGUUGAUUUCAUAAGGAAAAAAACCGUGAACGACAAUAUUAGAGUUCAAACUUUGGACGAAUUAAAUCCUGUUUAUUUAGGUAUCGAUCGUCACGGGAACAGGUACAUUCAUUUGAAACAGUUUUCCGGUUCGGACGUGAGAAUUUAUCGUCAGAGUACGAAAUUGGAGGGGGAUAUAAGUUUAACGGAAUUUGUUGAAAAUUUCCAAGGGUUUGAACGUAGGGAGGGACCAAUCACGGUAGAUAAAAUAUUUAGGGAUAUUUGGGAAUCGGGCGGUAAUAAAAUGGCCUACGAGGUUGUAAAACCGAGAAAGAAAAAAAUUGCCAAAAUCAAAAAGCAAAAAAAUUGGAGUACCAAAGUCGUUUUAAAUGCGUACGAAAAGAAAAAUUUAAGAAGGUCGGCUAGAGCAAAGCAGAAGACUUACGUCGAUUGGUCGGAUUCCGAUGGAUCCGACACGGAUUUGGUGACGUUGAAAAAAAAAUUGAGUCAAUCCGAAUCGGAAACUUUGUAUCGACCCUUUUCCGACAGGGAAUUCAUAUCCAUGUCGGUGUUUCGAUUGCCGAGAGACAAAGUGAACAAGCCGACGACGGGGAGAAGGAGCGGAGUCGUGAAAAAAAUGGAUGAUUCGAAUCGAAACGACAGCACGCCCUGUGAUAAAUCGAUCAAAACCGACGGAGAUGACGUCAAAGAAGAAGUCAAAACUCUCGGUUGCGAAGAUGAACAAUCGGAUUCGUUGGACGCUAAACAAAUGCACGAAAUUCAAACGGAUUUCGAGAAAACGUUUAAUCAAACGGACGAAAUGAAAUUCGAAGAAGAAGAAGAUGGCGGUGGUGGCGAAUCGCAAAACAAGUUGACGGAUAUUAAAUUGAACAACGACGGAGACGACGUUAAAUUUAGCGUUAAAAAUUUAGAAGAUUUAAAAAUGGUUUUUAAAAAGGGAGAAGAAGAAAAUGUUGAAAAAUCAGAUGUUGGUAGUACUGAGGAAAAUAUUAAAUUGGAAAAAGAAGAGAAGGCGGUGGUCGAGAAAGAAUACGAUUCCAUGUACAAAUAUAACGUUCCGAAUUAUUUGAAACCCGAUCCGGCGAAAUUUUAUCUGGUCGUCGACUCGGUUGAGGGUCUUCGUCAACUCAUUUCCAAAUUUGGAUCCCACGAAAAUGAUUUGGAAAUAAUAACGAGAAGCACGAAAUCGAAAAAAAAAAUGAAUCAAAAGACAACGUCGUGCGAAGUCGAAUUAAUAGAAAAAUUGCAAAAUUUAUUGGUCGAAUUGGAACCGUGGGAAUUGGAUUUUAUGAAAUCUCACAGGUCUAACAAGGAAAAAAUGUAUAGAGAAUAUACUAAUUUUAUGAAUAGACCACCGGAUUUCGUUCAUCCCAACGAAAGUUAUUGGAUGAAAACAUGCGAAGAACCCGCGACGACAACGACCGCAUCGACGAUUGCUACGACCACGGCAACAACGACAGCGACAACAACAACAACAACAACUACUUCCACGUCGAUGAGCAGCAGCGCCACGAAUAUGGAAAAGACUGAAGGGAAAGAUGAAAUUGCGGGUACGAGUCAAACGUUGGGAUCGAGUGGAUAUCAACAAGUUGAUAAUUCUUUUGAAUUAGCUCCGAGGAGAAGAACGCGAGUGACUCGGCUACAGGUUCAACCUGCCGAAGAGAAUGAUAUGGAUGAUGAUUCGGAUGAAGUCGAAGAAUACGAAUCGAACGAAAGUGAUGAUAAUUGGGUGAUGCCAACCUCGAAGAAAAAAGCCAAAAGGGAAACGGUGACGAAAACUCCAAAAUUUCCUCGUCGAACGUCAGGGAGAAGAACAAAAUCAUCAUCCGUGGAAAAGGUUGAUUCCAGUAGCAAUGCGGUGGAAAAACAUUCGAAUUCCACGCCGGAGAAAACGAAAAAACCUUUAUUUUGGGGACCUAGAAUAUCCGAUCCGUCUGAAGAUUUAAAUUGGGAAAAGAACAGGCAGAAAAUAUUGGAAAAGCAUAAUUCGCCGGUUAAAAAAGGACUUUUUAAAUCUGAUAAAAUGGGUCAAGACUCGAUGGUGGAAUCGAAAAACGGUUCGCAAAAGUCAGAACCCGCGUUCUCAUCGGUUAUUGCCGCAUCUCCCAAACGCAUAACGACUCCCAUUCCCGGCAACAAGAAACCCUAUUUUAGUUCCGCACAGUUGAAAGCAAUGGAAAAUCAAGCGAAAUUAAAGAAAACGGAAGAGACGAGCAUUUUGCAAAAAACGCUGAACGCGAGAAGUUCUUCCAAUUCGGUUAUAAGCACUCAAUCGGGAAAUAUGAAUAAUGUUACUAAUUCUCAGGCUACGUCCGAACUGUUAGUAUUGAACAAUAGCAAAACCCCAUUGAAAGUUCAGACCCUGAGCAAUUUCGGGGGGACGAACGCGUUGAAACAGCAAUCGGUGGUUCGAACAACUCAAAUCGGGAAUAAGGCUAAACAACCGGGAAAACAACAAACCACGCAGUUAAUAAAUCAUUUGGAAAGUGUUAACACCAUUCAACAGCCCGUUAAGUUGUCGACGCAAGUAGUCGGCCAUAUUCAGAAUCCGGUGGGGGGAUCUAUCGCUUCUCAAAAAAUGCAACCUAUCAAGGUUAACGCGACGGGAAGCGUUAUUCAGCAAAAGGCAGUGGGCCCGGUACAAAUUCAAAUUCAACAACCUUCCGUGCAAGUGGCUCAGAACAGGUCAAUUCCAGUUACGGUUUCGAACGUGAGAAUGCAACAGCCAGUUCAAUGGCCGUCGAAGCUUAUAGCCGUACAGUCUGUGAAUUCACAAGGCAAAAUAGUUCAGCAGCAGCAGCAGUUGCAACCUCAAGGUCAAGUUCAAAUACAAAAUUCAUCCAAGGUGCAGGGUCAAGUUCAACAGGUUAUACAUUUGGCUCAACAACAAAUUCAAGUCGUGCCAGAAAAAUCAGGAACCGUUCAGCAAAUGACCGUGCCGCAACCGCAAACCUCAUCGGGAGCAUCCAGUUCAGACAAUGAUUUGUACAUAACGGAUGGAAAACUCCUCAUAAAGCUCGAUAAUAAUUUUGUACAGCAACAAUUGUCCAAAGAGAAAGUGGUGGCUUUGAAUAUCAGUGAUAAAUUAGAUUUAAAAAAACCUUUACUCAUUGUCAAACCGAAAACGGAUUCGAAUUCGGCGGUGAGUCAACAGGGGUCGGGAGAACCGACGCAACCUUCAACGAGCCAACAAAACGUUUUAGUGUUUAACAAACCUACAACAAUACAACAGACUAUAGUUCCUAGCUCUGUUCAAAAUUUUGUGAUUCCCGGAAAUUAUAUCGUCAAAGAAGAUAGUCAGAUCUCGUCUCAAUCGGGACCGCAAACGGUUAAAAUUGUUCAGCAAGCGGCUCCCACUUACAUAAUACAACAGAAACCCGUGCCGGGUAAAAAUCCUCAACCUCAAAUAAUUAAAAUAAUUACGUCACAGCCGUUGGGUGGCAGCAAUCAGAAUUUAAUUUUAAGUCCCGCGAAUUUGACAACGGGUACUCAACAAAUCAUUCGACCCGUCGCUCAAACCGUCGUGGCAGCGGAUCAACAGUCUAAAUCUCCCACGACGAUAAGAUUUUUAAGACCCACUCACGUGCCCCCUCCGGGUUCUUCAAACAUUGCCCAGGGAAAAAUAAACGCUCUACAAAAUUCGAUAAUUGUAAAUAAUUUAGUUGAAAUUCAAGGUCAGGAAACGAAUACUUUCAAGCAGCAAGUGGUCGGUGGUAAAAUCGUGAGCACCGGAGUUUCGACGGUUCGAAUGGCAACUCCCGUGCAGACAUCAGGACUGGUAUCACUACCUUCGGUAAACGUGUCUCAAGGUGUUAAAUUGAACGCCCAACCCAUAAAAGUUGUAGUGACUAGUUGUCAACCCUUCGUGCAAAAGACUUAUUUACCUUCGGGAAAUUUCAAUACUUCGGCUGUGAGAUCAACUAGUGUAAAUUCAGUGAAAUUAGCGACCAACACUCAACAUCAUCAAACCGUUUUGGUCACGGCAGCGUCGAAUUUGCAAACGACGACGACGACGACAACCGUAAGCACUUUGCCGCUCAAAGUGGUGUCGAGCACGCAAUCGGGAACGGGACAGGGAUCCACCGUGCUUGCUCAUUCCCAACCCGGAACGUUAUCGACGACGACGACGACGACGACGACGGAUCUCGCGGCCAAAACGAUCAAAGUGAUUUCCAACGCCCAACCCUUUCAUCAAGUGCAAUCCCAAACUCUAGUGGGAUCUUCAUCGAACGUUAAUCAAACCAAAUCGACUGUUUUAAGUGAUCAACCCGUGAGGGUAUCCGUUGUCGGACAAUCUCCGAACGUUAAAUUAAUAGCGAACAACAACAGCUUGGAGCCUAGGAUCGUGAAAAACGCGCCGACGGGAAAGACGACAGUCAUAACGAGUUUGUCUCAACCUUUAGGUAUCGUCGGUUCUUCGAAUGUUCGAAGCAUACCCCAGGGUGGUCAUCAUCCCGUUCGGAUUCAAACAGUCGUACAGUCGACGGAGUAA